GAGGUUAAAUGUGCCAGUAUCUGACUUUGAGAAUUUCGAUCCGCUUAAUUACACAAAAAACCACAAAUAUAAAGUUAAAAUAGCUGAGACAUACGAAAAUGCUGUGGUUUUGCAUGUUGCAAAAUGUAAAGUGUAUUACUAAUUCGACAUAUAUGAACAUAAAUGAAAGUUUUUCAAAAUGAUAUACAAGUAACAUCAUUUGAAGAUAAUGGACUUUUUAAAAAACCUGUGCACCCAAAAGAUAUUCUGGAGAAAGAAAAUAUCGCCGAUGAAAACGCGUUCUCCAGAAAAUCAAAAUCGAACAGUCCCAUUACAUCUACACCAAGCAUCGAGGACAAAAACAAGUCCCCAAUAUGUGAUCAUACUUGUGCCGAAACUGUGAAGACUUUGGAAAGUAAAAUUUUGAACCUCUCCAAAACAGCAGAAGAAAUGGAGAGUCUUCUCAAACAAAAAGAAGAGGAUAUACACCAGAGAGAUAUUGAAAUAGAGCGCUGUUUGCGGGUUUCAGAAGCAAGAAAGCUUAUGCUAUUAAACCGAGAGAAAGAGUUGAUCGAUUUGCGAACACUUAAUAGAGACUUACAAGAUGCGGCUAUUGAUAAUUUAAUAUCUUUGGAAGAACAAUUAGAGAAGACAAAGGUACAUAGUAAAGCAGCCGAGAAGGAAGAGUAUGAGGUUGGACAUCGUGAUGAAACUAAAAGAAUGAUUUAUAUUAGCCGAGGAGAAUGGAUGGGCUAUGAUACUUUCAAAAUGUGUACCGAUAACGUGAAGACAUACGCACAGGUCGCCAAGAAUUUAGCAGUGGCCAUAUUUGGUUAUGAAGUACUGCAUAAAGCCACAAUCACAGGAAAAAACAGCAAUCAUAGUAAGGAUCGGAGUAAUCCAUUACAUAAACUCGAAAGGAAAAAAAUUCUGUGCUUAAAAGAAAUCUUCAAGUAUUAACUGUCAGAUGUUUUGCGGAUAGAUGAAGAAAUAGUGGACGAGCAACUAGAUAGAGUACGUACUUACAUAGCGAAAAAAAUUUCAGAUUUGAAGAAAAAACCUAAAACCAGAUCUAAUAAUGCUUCGAAUGCGAAAGGUCAAGAUCAAGAUUUUGAAGAUGAAAUUGGUAAAACGCCUCAGGUACCCGCAACACACACUGAUGUGCAAGAUGGAGAAUAUGUGAGACUUAUCUCACAAACGACUGAGCAACAUUCGAGCAAUGCUGAUUCCCACAAUAAUUCAGAUGAAUCAGAACACGUGCAGGAUGAACAAUGCUCGCUAAAUGUAACUUGUGAAGAUUUGCAUUCUAAACCAGGCUCCAAAAAUGUAAAUGAAAAAGAUUUAAAUUCUAAAGAAAACACAGUUGCAAACUUAACAUCAGAAAUUGAGAAUAUUGAUAAUCGUGCUAAGGAGUACGAUGACACUUUAGUUGUCGAAAAAUCUGCUUUAAUUAAUUUAGAUAGAAGUGAACCUUUAAGCUUUGGUUACGUGAAUGUACCAGUCAUCGAAAGUUCCGCCUUAUUUUCUGAAAUGUUGUUUAUGUUCAACAAUAACACUAUGUAAUUUCAAUAACAGCGUUAUCGAGCUUAUUUGUGAUUUACAGGCACAUUAAGGAUGUUAUAUCCUGUGAAUUAUAAUUACUUAAGGUCAUAAGUCAACUAAAUUUUGUAACUUCAAUCAGAGUUGCAUUUUCUUAAUUGUGCACAGGUUAAGACUUUCUUAAAUUGAUUUUUCUUUCGAAAGUCACUAAGUGUUAAGCCGGAGUGAAAAUUCUGAGCCUCCUUGAAUAAUUAAAGCGAAAAAAAAGUUAUCUAGCAACGGAACGUAAUUUAAACUCUAUUUUCAUUUCGUACAUAUUAUACAUUAUAUCGU